GCCGCUCCCCUUAGCUCCGCCUUUCGUCAGCCCUCGGCUCCCCAGAGCACAAACAAACACACGAGAGGUUGGAGGUGUGAGGUGCCGCCGUGGGUACCGAGUUUAGAGCAGACUCAUCGCAGAUCUCGUCCCAUCCAGAUGGCCGCGGGGGCGAAUAUAAUUAUCAUUAAAACUGUCAUUGGAGCCGCAGUGGGAGUCACAGUGGGAGCAGGGUUGGCACUGGUUGGUAUCCCGGGGAGCAUUGCUGCACUGGGGUUCACCAAGGCCGGCAUCCUCGCCGGCUCCGUGGCUGCCAAGAUGAUGUCGGCAGCUGCCAUCGCCAACGGCGGCGGAGUGGCUGCAGGCAGCGCCGUGGCUGUGCUGCAGUCCAUCGGAGCUGCAGGACUCUCUCUUGCUGCCAAAACUGGGCUGACAGCUGCCCUAGGCUCAGCUGGCGCAGCAGUCGGUGCCUUGCUCCCCAAGUGAUAGAAACCUCCAAGUGACCAACCCAAGGAAAAGUAACUCGGGUGACAAACAUGAGGAGGUGACAACUCCAGUCAAGCAACCCAACAGAAGUCAAGCAGGUUGCUGAUCCCAAAGCAGUGCCUUACACAAUGCAGCUCAGAAACCCCCACAGACCCCUCAGAUCUUUGCCUCCCCUUUCAAAAGCUUUGGAUUCUCUUGAGUAGUGAUUUCCCUGAAGCCAAUAAAAGUGCUUUGCUUGCAGCAGA